AUGGCCCCGCCCUCGUGUUUCGGCCUGUCUGCGCACUGCCGGAAUGAGACGUGGGGAGCCCGAAGGAUGGUGAGGAAAAUCAGACUGAGGCCCAAGAUGGAUCUGGUGCAGCGGGAACUGCAAGGGGUGAAGCCCCUGACGCAGUGCUGCUGUGGAUGUUCCCUGACCUUUGGCGUGGCCCUGAUCUUGCUGGCUUACCUGGCACGUAGCAUCUACAUGCUGGUGGUCACCGCCGGCGAGGUGGUGGUGCAGGACCCUCGAUUCGAGUCCACACAGACUUUGGAGAAGCAAACCUUCAACGCGUUUUUGGCUCUGCUGUGCUUGCCCUUCAUUUUGUCAGGUUUCUAUGCGCUCCAUGCACGUUGCGAUUCCUACCUGCGACCCUUCAUGUAUUUCAUGAUUGCAAGUGCUGUGGUGGAUGCACUUGGCAUGGUGCUGCCCAUGUGGAUGCAUGGUUCUUGUGCCUUCGUGCCAGAAGGCCUCAAAGCCACGGGGGCCGCCGGUGCUUGCGGCUUCAUUCGGGUGCUCUUCGUGGUCUUUUUCGGUCAGUUGGCUGCUGUGGAGGCUUACUUCAUCUUCGCCGUGUGGUCUCUGUGCGAGGACAUGAAGGUGAACUUGAAGUCUUCACUCCCGGAGAUGUACGAAAGGAGCCGUGCCAGCAGGUCUGACUAUGUGGGCCCGGCUGAAGCCCUGUUCGGUGGACAUAACCACAGCAACUAUGGGGCCUUCUGA